AUGAGACCAACACUAGCAAGACAAUUCGCGAGCAGCUCCAGGAAGACAUUCGUCAACGAACCUGAUGCAGAAGCUCUGAGGAAAAUCAAGGCUGCUGCUGAAAGAGCUGCCGUCGCCAAAGGUGCGACUGGAGAAGCAGAGGUUCGAGUUGGAUUAGAAGAGAUGAAUUUCGGUAAACUGAGCCCAUACGUUAAGCCAUCGAGGUCUUUUUUGGGUUUGAAAGCGAGCGAUUUAAGCCCCUCUGCUCUCAUUUCAAGGGGAUUCAAACCGAUGGAGUUCUUUAAGUGGCUUCAAUGGAAUCUGUACACAAGCCUGCAGGAUUAUCAUCACCGCAUGAAGCUGUUCGAGAAAGGUGAAUGGAAGACUGAGAAGGAAGGCGUGCCUGGGCUGAAGUGGAUGGAAAGGCGCAAAGCAUCUACGCACUGGGCCAGCACUGUGGCUUAUGAAAAGUAUACAGCGCUCCAGAAGGCAAUAGCGAGCGGCGACUUUAAAUCAAUCAACAAACUAUCCACACACGCGCUCAAGGAAGCUUCAGACUCACAAGCCAAGACAGUGAAAUUGGAUCGUGACACAAAAUAUGAUUGGAAGGUGGUCAGAGUGAUAGAGCCACCAAGCGUGCUCUCUGUGAGAACUACAAAUGUCAUGCCAAUGCUGCCAGAGUCCGCCGAGAAGCGUAUUUGUCAGGUGGUCGUCAAGUUCAAUACAGUACAGUCACUCGGCCCAAACCACCCAGAGCACAACGUUUUAGACUACGUCAUGUUCGAAAAGCCAUUGUGGAUGCGCAACGGAGACUGGAAGAUGCGCGACAAGGUCUACGAGACGCCUUACUUCUAA